AUGGGCCCCCGUACCGACUCCUCAUGCUGUUACGCCAGGCCCCAUAUCGGCCAUGGGCCCCCGUACCUCCUGGUCACGCUGCUGCUGGUCCCACAGUGUGACCUGGGUCCCUGUACGGCCUCCCAUUGCUUCCACUCUGCCAUGUGCCACUUUGAGGUCUCCUUACACUCCUGCGGUUUUCCAUUUUGUCAUAGGUUGCUGGCAGAUUAGCGGCCUUCCAUAGGUGCCGCCAGGCCCCAUAUCGGCCAUGGGCCCCGUACCUCCUGGUCACGCUGCUGCUGGUCCCACAGUGUGACCUGGGUCCCUGUACGGCCUCCCAUUGCUUCCACUCUGCCAUGUGCCACUUUGAGGUCUCCUUACACUCCUGCGGUUUUCCAUUUUGUCAUAGGUUGCUGGCAGAUUAGCGGCCUUCCAUAGGUGCCGCCAGG